CCGGUGAACGCUUGGCUCUCUCUUUCUCUCCCACGGUACGCUCGUCCGUAUCGUCCAUUCCCCGAGAACCGAGUCCGUGACGAUCCCCGAAGACUAACUUCUUGGCGGCUGUGUGUGGUCCUUUUUUUCUUACCCGGUGGGGUUCUGUGCGGGCCGAUAACAGGGACAACGCGAGUCAUCUACGAUUGUCGUUCGGGCGAUAGCUUUUAGAGUGACUUAUUCACGAAACUAAGUGAGACUGAUUCCGAUUUCGUGGUUCGCAGGCAGUAGUAGCCUUGUAGUCGGCAGAGUCGGAUGGCUUGCGGGUGAUUAAGAUCGACGUAAGGUUCUUAAAACGCGACCCUAAUUUCAACAACGAAUGCCCUUGUAAUCUUGGCCGGACUGUCAUCCGCCGGUGGAUCCCACCGAAAGCGCGUGUGGAGACUUCGACGACCGAUACGGAGGAUGUCACGCUCCGUGGACCACCCCGGCUGCCGCGGCCGUCGCCGUGUCGCGGUGGCGACGACCCUGCCGGCGAUCUUGCGGUGAACAUCUCGCGUGUGCGUGUAUCCCUCAUAAUUCUGCCGUACCCCGACGUAGAUAUAGAUAGAAGAGCGACGUGGUGUGACUCUCGGUGAGUGUCAUUGGAGAGUCAAUGAGGCUUCAGAGACGUGGAACGAUCGCAGCGAGGCGCAGCCGACGUGAUCUUCGCAGCGAGAUUGACCGGUUUUUGCGAGUGAUAUUUGCGGAAGGAAGAAAUCUCGAUGUUGUUGUUCAAUCAACCAGCGUGUGAUUUAUCCGAGGAAGAAUAUCACGUGAAUAUUGCGCGCACGUAGCGUGUUUUCUACGAGUGACAGUAAGCGUUUGAUGUGCGUUGCCUCCUUAUCUACGUUCUCGCACGACGCCCAUGGAAAUUUGUGCUAAUCACGGAUUAAUGCAUGUCGGAAAUUGCAGCAUGGAGGAUAUAAGUGUCACGGUCACCGGUUCAACCACGACAAGUACGAACACAGUCCAUCCUAGUGUAAACGAUAUGGACUGGUUCGCCGGUGUCGCCGAGGAAGAAUUGUUGUAUUACACCGGCGUCGGCAACGACGUCGAUUCCUUGUGGGCUGUUAUUGGAAGCUUUGUACCCCCGCCACCUAGACCACCUUAUCUACCCGAAGAGAGCAUCGCCACCGAUGGGCUCACCACCUGCGAUUUAUGUUCGUGGGCAUGGAGGAACGAUAGGCAUUCUUUUUCUCUGGAUGGUACCCUUGAAGCUCCUGGAGAACUUGGAUGGGUGCUGACUCUUGUGAUAGUGUCUUUAGUAUCAGCUGGUAUCGGUGCAGUAGUGAUGAUGACUCUUCUCCAUUGUCGAAGGAUAAAAAGUGCUGGUGGCAGAGCGAGUUGCUGCGGUGUCGGCGUGGAGGAUUCGAGCGUGCCCGAUGCUGGUGGGCCUACGGGGGCGGGUGGUACAGGCGGCGGGGUGGCUGUCAUACCCGAUCGACCGCCUCUCGAAUUAGACAAAUUACCGCCUUAUCACGACGUAGCGCCUAGUCCCGGGCACAACGUGUGGUCGUGGCUGGGCUCUCGACGAGGCGGUGGCACCCCGGGAGUCGUCACGACACCGCUCUCCCUUCCUCAGCAUCGACGAGCGAUGAAUCUCCCAGUCGAGAAUCACUACACCCACAUGCAAACCGACGAGGCUCUAUACGCGGAACUGGACUCGCAGGCCGCGAGCUACGCGAGCGAUCUACAGUUACAAAUGAGAGGAAGCUCGACGUACGGUACGACUUCCGGCGGCCAGGACGACGAAUAUCACGAACUGGACGCUGCCAGAUUACAUCGUCAUUAUGGAGGUAGCGACGGAUCGCUACAGACAGAUACACUUCGUACUCGACACAGUAAAAGGAUACAAGAGCCAGACUACGAGAUGUACGAAAAUGGACCGUCAACGCCAGUACCACCAGGUCAACAUCAACAUCAUCAUCGCCAUCAUCAUCACCACAACCAUCACCAUCAUCAUCAGGAAUUGAGGAUCGGUAGCAGAAAUGGUGAGCAUCCGUCAUACCAGAACACGGCCUACACCGGAAGUGACGCCGAACCGGAUGGGCCAACGCUGAGCAGUGCUCCCAGCAGUGCCUAUUAUAGCGAUCUCAGCUCGAAUUCGGCGAAUCAGCAGAUGCCGACAGCGACAGUACCGUCUGCAACAGCAACGACGACGACGACGACGAUAACAACGACAACAAACUUGCACUUAAAUCCACAGAAUCUGGACACGCCGCAGUACAGACUAGCGGCAAUCAACGAGAACACAGUGCCUUCGGAUUAUAUUUAAGAUAUGAUCUUUUCAAAACAAGUGACGAGAAGCUUGAAAUAGACAAUUAUAUCGACAUGCGUUCGCUCUGUUUGUGAACGAGGAGAGUCUUUGCGUAGUAUUUAUAAUUUAAAUCGAGGAAAUUGUCCUUGUAAUAAAAAGUAGGAAUGAACGGAGGUGAGAUCAGUGGGGACGAAAGUGUGAAAUUUUUCGUCACUGUCGUCGUGACUCGAAAGUUUCUUCAAGAAAGUGUUUUACGGUGCUCAGUUUUAAGUUUUGUCCGUACAAGAGGAAUUGAAAAGAUCACGUUUGAUAAAAGUGUUGUUUAACCGGCGGAUGUAUCGGAGACCGGUUCCGAAUAAAAUGAAUUUCUUGCUCAGUAACGCUCUACUUACUCCUUUGUCGCCACACUUUGUGGUCCUGUUAAGACAAUCGACUUUCGAGACACGCGAAUCGACGGAUCAAGCGACGCGAAUCGAUCGGCAUCGCGGCGCGUUCUCCUUUGCUUUUACGUGCUAAUAAAAUACUAGGUAUUCAACGUCUUGAUACUUUUUUAACAUUGUAAGACAAGCGGAAGAUAAACCGGUUGACAGGUAAGUGACCAGAGAAAAUCGUGUCGAUGGAAUUAAUACACAAUUAGCAUUAUUUUCAUGCACUAUUUUCAAGAAAUCAA